AAAUCAAACAAGAAAUUAGGUUUUGCUAGCUGCUCCAAUCAGAAAAAUGGCGGAUGCAAUGAAGUUGUAUGGCACUGUCUUAAGCGCAUACGUUUCCAGAGCGAAAAUCGCUUUGAAUAUCAAGGGAAUCAAGUACGAAAAUCUUGAAGAAGAUCUCAGCAACAAAAGUGCCGACCUUCUGAAGUACAAUCCCGUUUUCAAGAAAGUACCGGUGUUGCUACAUAAUGGAAAACCGAUCUCGGAGUCUCUUGUGAUCGUUGAGUACAUCGACGAUGUCUGGAAAGGAGUGCCGAUUUUGCCUCAGGAUCCUUAUGAGAGAGCUAUUGCUCGAUUUUUGGCGAAAUUCAUUGAUGAAAAGUGUAUCCCUGUGAUUAAGGCUGUUGGCAGCAAUGGGGAUGAGAAGGCUAUCGCAGAAGCUUGUGAGCAACUUCAAAUACUAGAAAACCAACUCAAAGUCAAAGGCACCAAGUUCUUUGGAGGCGACAACAUUGGUCUGGUUGAUAUUGCAGCUGAUUUCAUAGCUUAUUGGCAUGCAAUAAGGGAAGAAGCAGCUGGAAUAAAGUUCUUUACUGAAGACAAGUUUCCAAAACUGACCAAAUGGGCUGAUGAUUUCGUUAACAGUGAAGCUGUGAAGAAUACCUUGCCACCACGUGAACAGAUGCUUGCAUUUUACUUGAAGUUUUUCGGAAAGGCUAAUGGUAUGUGA